AUGAUGGAACACGCUGGACUGGGAAAGAGCUACUGGGGUGAAGCAGUGAUGACGGCGAUGUUUCUUCGAAACCGCUGUCCAACACGUGCCAUUCACCAAGACAAGUCUCCAUAUCAAGUGUGGACGAUGAAGAAACCGAUUCUGGCCAACCUUAAAGUGUUUGGAUGCCACGCGUAUGUUCAAGUGCCUCAAGACAAACGCGCGAAGUUCGACUCCAAGUCAUCACUCUGUCGUUUCCUGGGAUACGCCGAACACCAGAAGUCAUAUCGAUUUGAGGAAGUGUCAACAGGAGCGAUCAAGAUCAGUCGCGAUGCCACAUUCAUGGAAGACAAGUUUGAUGAAGGUCCGCGCAACUACAACGAUGAGUCAAGUGUCGUUGAGUUUGAUGAUCAUGAUGAGGACGAAGAAAAAGAAGAAGGUAAAACUGACGACGACAUGGACUCGAGCGACGAUGACAACGAAGACACCAGGUCUUCGAAGAGCAACAUCAAGAGACACACGCGCACUCAAUCACUUGAGAAAGCUACCGUCAUUCCAAGUCCCAAGCGAAGAACAUACAGAGUGGGGGAAACGCCGACUACAUUCAAGUCGGCGAUGGAAUCAAGCGACUCCGGCAAGUGGAAAGAAGCGUGUGACUCGGAGUUCGACUCGCUUCAGAGAAACGACACGUGGGAAAUCGUGCCUCUUCCGAAAGGUCGCAAGGCCAUCGGGUGCCGAUGGGUUUUUCGUGUAAAGGAGAAUCAAGAUGGCGAAGUUGAACGUUUCAAGGCAAGACUUGUGGCCAAAGGAUUCUCACAGAAAUUCGGAGUUGACUAUGAAGAAACUUUCGCACCGGUGGCCAAGUUCACAUCGAUUCGUGUGGUGCUCAGUAUGGCGGCUAAGUACGGCCUAAUGCUACAUCAGAUGGACGUCAAGACAGCGUUUCUUAACGGCUCCCUCAACGAAGACAUCUACAUGGACCAGCCGGACGGAUACCUGGAUGCAACACAGCCGGACUAUGUGUGCAAGCUAAAGAGAUCACUCUACGGCUUGAAGCAAUCGCCUCGCAUGUGGAACCAAACAAUCGAUGGGUUCAUGAUCAAGAUGGGAUUCAAGAAGUGCGAAUCGGACCACUGCAUCUACAUCAAGCGAGACGACCAAGACAUGAUUCUCGUGGUGCUCUACGUCGAUGAUCUCAUCCUGGCCAGCAGCAACAACGAACUCCUCAAGUCAACCAAGAUGGCGCUGAGCAAACGCUUCGAAAUGACGGAUCUCGGUGAGCUCGAUUACUUUCUCGGCAUGGAGAUCAAGAACGACCGUAAGACGGGAAUGGUGACUGUACAACAAACCAAGUUCCUCAAGUCCGUGUUAACCAAGUUCGGAAUGGAUAACAGCAAGCCAGUGAAGACGCCUCAAGAUCCCGGCCUGAAGCUAACCAAGAACAUGUGUGAACAAGAAUGCAAGCACGAAGACACCAUGUGCAACGUGCCAUAUCGAAGUGCUGUCGGAGGCAUCAUGUAUCUCAUGGUCGCCACACGUCCGGAUCUAGCUGCUGCAGUGGGAUCAUUAUCCCAGUUCUCGUCCGACCCAUGCCCGACUCACUGGCAAGCUUUGAAGCGUGUGCUGAGAUACCUGCAAGCAACGCCCAAUCAUGGUCUUGAGUUUACACGUGAAGAAGGAAGCCGUAUCUGCGGGUACACCGACGCAGACUGGGCCGGCGACAUUGAGUCAAGACGAAGUACAAGCGGCUAUGUGUUCAUGAUGAGCGGAGGAUGCAUCAGCUGGAAAAGCCAGAAACAACGGACGGUCGCGCUAUCUUCAACAGAAGCAGAAUACAUGGCGCUUUCCGAAGCAACCAAAGAAGCAGUAUGGCUCAAAGUGCUUUUGGGGGAACUUGGUGAGAUGACAAGCGACGAAGCGAUCAAGAUGUAUGAAGACAACCAAGGAUCAAUCGCUCUCGCCAAGAACCCGGAGUUCCAUAAGAGAACAAAACACAUCGACAUACGCUACCAUUUUGUGCGUGAGAAGGUGGAAUCAGGUGAAGUCGUUUUGGAGUAUUGCCCGACUCAAGAUAUGCUGGCAGACAUGAUGACCAAGCCGAUCGCCGCUGUACAAUUUGAAAACAUUCGCGAUCGACUUGGGAUCCAUGGUGCCGCAGCUAACGAGUCGAGAGGGAGUGUUGAAAAGACAGCGGCUGUGAAGAAGACACCUCGUCAAGCUGCGUCAAGUGUUGAAGCAAGUGGAAGACCAAGCUUCGCUAUACCGGUGGGUACCGGUAUGUACCAGUAA